GUCUGGAUGCUGUACGUAGCUCGAUUACUCAUUGGUACGGCUGGCGGCAUUAAUAUAGUAGUGAUCUCCAUGUACCUCGAAGAAAUAUCCGAAGUAAAAGUGAGGGGCACCAUAGGAUCUUAUUUUGAACUAUCUGCAAGCUUUGGUAUGCUUCUUUCGUACAUACUGGGCGCCAUUUUGCCCUAUUUCUGGUACACGGUCGUGGGCGUGGUGCCGGCGGUGAGUAUGCUUCUCGUCUUCAGCUGGGUGCCAGAGUCUCCCGUCUUCCU